AUGCUUGCUGCUUCUUCUCCUCAACCACCACCACGCAGGAAUCGCACCCCCGUCUCUAUAUCCCAUCCAAUGCAGCACGACUUUUCUUCUGCCUCCUCGUCUGCUGCUGCAGCUGCGUCUACACUCAAGUUCUCGCCACCGACGACGACCCCCGGUGGGCACCAUCGGAAUCGACCUUCUAUCUCAAAUCCAAUGCAUUGGCUGAGCAGGAACAACAGCGGCUCCGUGUCAGGACGACAGGACAAGUCUAUUCGAUCCAUUGAAAUUCUCAGCCCCCAGAGGCGAGGUGUUCUCGGCGCAGGCGCCACCGUAGUACGCACUCCAGACGAGGCCCUGAGAGACUCUAGUGUCCGCCUCACGUACGGAGAUCAAUCAUUCGAGCCAUCUUCGCUAGUGCCCAAAUCAGAACCAGAGCUCCCAGCGUCAUCAUCAUCAACAACAAUAUCGAAGCCUAAACAUCACCGCCUUCCAUCGACGGAUUCUCUGCGUGGAAGGUUACAGGAGCGCCAGCUCGCAGCUAGGCAACAGAGAUUCGGGGCACCGGUCUCACAAGAGUCACUUGAUGAAGUUGACGAGGUUGAAGGGACUGUUGGUCGUGUAGAGCAUGAGCCGAUCACCCGAAUCUCCGAGCGCCCUCAGCUCGAGGUAGAUCAGGCGAGCAUUCACAGCGAAUUGCCUUCGCCCCCGUACAGCCCUUCCUUGCCACCCCUUCCUUUAUCAGACCCGAACUCCUUCGUUUCGGAAGCAUCUUCAUUGUCAUCUUUCUCAAUGCCGCCCAGAGAAUUACGCCGCACUCCACCUCCGCCUGUAGGAGAGAACACGCCACAGAUCCCCCCAAUAGGACCAAGGCCUGCUCCGCAGGCAAUCGCCAUUGAGAGGUCAACAUCGUCUUACAGUGUUGAAGACUUCCCUGUGCCACCUCUCCCUUCCACCUCAGCAAUCUCUAACGCAGAUGCUGGCGUGCCUCCACCCUCCCCUCCCCCAGCCUUCCGUGCAAUACUGCUCUCCGAGAUACCAAGUAGUGCAAUUGACCUCUCCAAAAUCAUCAUUACGUUGGAAACAUCAACCUCGAGCUAUCGCACAACAGUUGAUACGCUGUGCUCCCGUACAUCACACCUCGCAUCCUACCUCAUCUCCCUACUGCACCCACAGGAGAAAGAGAACGACGCGGCGUCGAUAUAUUCGAACCAGAGUGAUGAUAUGUCAACGUACCAGCAUCACCUCACCGGGUUGGGACUGCUUUCCCAGAGUUCGUUCAGUAUGCACCUCUUCCUGGACAGACCGAGUACUCCAUAUGCUCACAUCCUCCACUACCUCCGCUCCCCUCUCGGCACGGAUGAACACCCCGAAGUCCUCCCACACACCGUCAGACUCCCCUCCACAAACUCUUAUCCCUCGCACUUCACCUCCAACUCCACGCGCUUCGAGUCCCUCCUCGAGCUCCGAGACGAAGCCCACUUCCUGGGCCUCGACGCCCUCGUUGAGCUCUGCACGAAGGAACUCACCCGCUACUCUCGCCUCGAUUCCCGCCCCAACCCAUCUCUCUUCGUGCGCAGCGUAUCGCCUCGGACAGUGAAAUCACAGCUCCGCCACCGACAGAAAAGCGGUACCUCUUCGUCGUCGUCGUCGAGUUCCCUCUCGAUCUCGAGAACGGGGUCAAUACAUAGUAUGCAGGCAUCGGUGCAUAGCAUACCGGAGUCGCUGGGUGCUAGUAUCAAGGAUAAAGAACACGAAACCAUUCAAGUUUCAGCGAAGAAAAUUGUCGCAUCACGGCCUCCGCUACCCAAGGAACACCCUCAGACCCCACCUACUGGUUCCACCCCACCCAACGCCCGCUCUCCCCCUACCCCUCAGUCCUGGCUCGGUAGCCAACGAAGCCGAAGUCAAAGCAGCAACGGCUCCAUUCGUCGGUUACCGCAGCAAACACCUCCUGCUGGCUGGAUCUAG